GUUUUUUGAAAAAUACUUAUGAAUUAUAAUAGCUUAUAACAUCAUUGUAUUAUUUAUCAAAGUCCAAUAUUUGAACUCACUAUAUAAGUAAAUUAUUCUUUGUUGAUCUAUUGAAUGUAGACGCAUUCACUGAUGACUGAUUUAAAUAUGUUCGGCUCUGUGUUGUGUAUCGCUGCAUUGUUAACUCUCAUUGAAGCACAUGUUUCAGUGAAGAAAAGUGAAAGAAUUGAACCACUCUCCGAUGAAAUGAUCUCGUAUAUCAAUCAACAUCCAGACGCUGGAUGGAAAGCUGAGAAAAGCACACGUUUCCUAUCAUUGGAUGAUGCACGUAUGAUGAUGGGUGCAAGAAAAGAGGAUCCAGUGUUGCGAAACAAGAAACGUCCAACAGUCGAUCAUAGUGAUUGGAAUGUGGAAAUUCCAUCGAGUUUCGACUCACGAAAGAAAUGGCCCCGUUGUAAGAGUAUCUCGAUGAUACGCGAUCAGUCACGAUGUGGAUCGUGUUGGGCAUUUGGAGCAGUAGAAGCAAUGAGUGAUCGUAUCUGUAUACAAACACAUGGAAAACAAUCUGUGGAACUGAGUGCUCUUGACCUAAUAAGCUGUUGUCCUGACUGUGGAUUUGGUUGUAAUGGUGGUUUCCCUGGUGCUGCUUGGGAUUUUUGGGUGGAAACAGGUAUUGUCACUGGUAGUUCUAAAGAGAAUCACACUGGCUGUCAACCAUAUCCAUUCCCUAAAUGUGAACAUCAUAGUAAAGGAAAAUAUCCUGCAUGUGGUACGAAAAUCUACAAAACUCCUCAAUGUAAACACACUUGUCAGAAAAGUUAUAAAAUCUCUUACAUGAAAGAUAAACAUCGUGGUAAAUCCUCUUACAAUGUUCUUUCUAACGAAAAAGCUAUUCAAAAAGAAAUUAUGAAAUAUGGACCAGUCGAAGCAGCAUUUGCUGUUUAUGAAGAUUUUUUAAGUUAUAAAUCUGGAAUUUAUAAAUAUAUGACUGGACAAGAAGUUGGCGGACAUGCUAUUCGUAUAGUUGGUUGGGGUGUUGAAAAGAACACCCCAUAUUGGUUGAUUGCUAAUUCAUGGAAUGAAGAUUGGGGUGAGAAUGGUUAUUUCCGUAUAGUACGUGGACGUGAUGAAUGUGGCAUUGAAUCUGAAGUAACAGCUGGACGCGUCAAAUAAUCAUCUGUGAUAUUUUCCUUCUAAAUAUCAUUAUACAAUGUGAUAUAAGAAAUAAAUAAAAUAUUUUAAAUGUAUACUGAAUACUUCUCAUCAUUAUUACAAUUGUUUUUACUUUAUCAAUUAACUGUAUUUGAAUUUUUCUUC